UGAAGGAAAAGAAAUAUAAAUCUAGUGUUUAUCACACACAAGCAGUAGCAGAGACUGAAACUCAGGGACAGUUAAAAACAAGUCAAAAGCCACCAUGUAUGUUCUGUCAGAACAGUAAACAUCAACUUCAUCACUGUCCCGAGUUCAAAGGAAAGGAUCUGGAGGAACGACGGAAGUAUGUGAAAGACAAGAAACUUUGUUAUGGCUGCUUGAGGACAGGCCAUAAUGCAAAAGAUUGCCGCAACAGACCUUCAUGUGAGAACUGUAAAGGAAGACAUCCUACACUUCUUCAUGACGAUAACUACACCAAAGCUAAACCCACAUCAGUCCCAAAUAUAAGCACCACAGAGGAAACAGCAUCUACAUUGUCUCUUAGUGUGACAACCAAGGAGCCAUCCACUAACACCUCGAUGAUCGUACCUGUGUGGGUUUCUUCUAUCAGUAAUCCAGGUAUGGAAAAACUUGUUUAUGCUCUGCUUGAUAGUCAAAGUGACACAGUUUUUAUUGAUGAAGAAGUUAGUAACAGUUUGCAAGUCAAGACACAUCCUGUAAGGUUGAAGCUAACAACAAUGACAGGAAAGGACACAAUAAUGCAUAGUCAAAGAGUGUCAGAUUUGAGAGUGAGAGGUUACAGCUCUGCCACCUACAUCGAUCUCCCCCCUGUUUACACCAAGGACUCUAUACCAGUGAAUCGAACGCACAUUCCUACCUGUGACACGGCACGGCACUGGAAUCAUCUAAUCAAAAUUGCAGAUGAAAUCCCAUCACAGCUGGAAUGUGAAGUCGGUCUGCUGAUCGGCUACAAUUGCUCAAGAGCGCUGGCACCACGGCAGGUAAUCCUGGGAGGAGACAAUGAACCAUAUGCUGUUCGUACGGAUCUUGGUUGGAGUAUUGUAGGCUGUUCAUUACCUCAUCAUGACUCACCAAGCAGCACAAACAUGUGUCACAGGGUUUCUGUCAGAGAGCUUCCUCCUGUAACUCCAGCAGAGGCCCUCAGAGUCCUUGAAUCUGAUUUUAAGGAUGCUAACAAGGAUGAAAAGACUGUUUCCCAAGAUGACAUCCACUUCCUAGAUGUGUUAAAGGAAGGAAUCAGGAGAAACAGUAAUGGACAUUAUGAGAUGCCUCUCCCCUUUAAAGAGAGACCCCAUCUCCCUAACAAUAAGCAACAAGCUCUGGUACGGCUAAAUCAACUCAAAAGAAAGCUAAUGAAAGAUGACAAGUACAGAGAGCACUAUAUAAACUUUAUGGAUGAAAUUAUCCAAAAGGGUGAAGCAGAGGAGGUUUGUGAUCAAGGAAAAGAAGGAGAGAGAUGGUAUAUUCCCCACCACGGAGUCUAUCACUCUAAAAAACCCGAUAAACUCCGUGUAGUUUUUGACUGUUCUGCCAAGCACAAGGGAACAAACCUGAAUGACCACCUUCUGUCAGGGCCAGAUCUGCUAAAUAAUCUGAAUGGUGUGCUUCUCAGAUUCAGAAAGCACUACAUUGCAUUGAUGUGUGACAUCGAAAAGAUGUUCCAUCAGUUCUAUGUUUAUAAAGCUGACAGAGACUACCUACGCUUCUUGUGGUGGAAAGACAGCAACUUCAAUGCAGAGCCGUAAGAAUUCAGAAUGAAAGUGCAUCUCUUUGGUGCGGCGUCAUCGCCAGGAUGCGCUAACUAUGGACUGAAGCAGCUUGCUAAAGACAAUGAGAUGGAAUUUCCACUUGGAUCACAAUUCAUCAUGAAGGAUUUUUAUGUUGAUGAUGGUGUUACCAGUAUAGAAAAUGUGGAUGAUGCUAUUCAGCUUGCACAAGAAGCGCAGAAGCUCUGUGCUAGAGGUGGUCUAAGAUUGCACAAGUUUGUGUGUAACAACAGAGCUGUACUGGAGAGUAUACCAUCAUCUGAGCAUAAUGCUGAAGUGAAAGCUCUGGAUCUGGUCUUCAAGGAUGUGACUUUAGAGAGAGCCUUGGGUAUCCACUGGCACAUCGCAUCAGACACCUUCAGAUUUCGUCUCAGCCUAAAAGACCAGCCAGCAACACGACGUGGUAUCCUGUCAACGGUGGCAUCCAUUUUUGACCCGCUGGGAUUUAUUGCCCCUAUCCUGCUAACUGGGAAAAGGGUGCUUCAGGAAAUAUGUAGACAUGGCAUAGGCUGGGACGAUCCCCUGCCCUGUGAACUGCAACCAGUGUGGGAGCGCUGGAAGAAGGAUCUUACAAAUUUAGAGAAAAUCACUGUACCACGCUGCUAUGUGCCUCCUGGUUUCGGCCGAGUUGUGAAAAGGGAGCUACAUCAUUUUUCUGAUGCGAGCACAUGUGGUUAUGGACAGUGUUCAUAUCUGAGACAAGUGAAUGAAGGUGGAAAUGUCCAUUGUGCUCUGGUCAUGGGGAAAUCCAGAGUGGCUCCAAUCAAGGUCACAACGAUACCUCGGCUAGAACUGGCAGCCGCUGUUGUGUCAGCCACAGCAAGCAACACUUUGAAGGAGGAGCUUGGUUUGACAGAUGUUGUUGAAUAUUUCUGGACCGAUUCGAAAGUGGUCUUGGGAUAUAUUCACAACGAGGCACGUCGUUUUCACACCUUCGUCGCAAAUCGGAUACAGAAAAUACAACUCAGCUCCUCUCCUCAGCAAUGGAGGUAUGUCUCAACUAAGGAUAACCCAGCAGAUAUUGCAUCCAGGGGAUCAAGUGCAAGUGAGAUUCUCAUUUCAAGCUGGUUUUCAGGACCUCAAUUCUUGCAGGAAAAGGAGAUUCCGCCAGCUACAAAUGUCUGCACAGAAAUACAGAUUGGAGACCCCGAAGUGAAGAGGAUUCAGAUUCUUAGAACACAGAAACAGGAACAGUUAAGUCUCUCAGAUCGCUUGUCAAAGUUUUCUUCAUGGUCAAAGGCAAUCCAGGCUGUUGCUCGUCUUAUUCGUCGUGUUAAGAAUGACAAGUCGACAAACCACAGCACUGUACAAGAGCAAGAACACGCACAACGCAUCAUCAUAAGAGACUUACAGAGACAAGUGUAUCCAGAAGAGAUAAAGUUGCUCAGUAAGGUAGCUCAACUUCCUUCUCAGAGUAAACUGUUUAAGAUGGAUGUCUUUCUUGAUCAGGAUGGACUUCUUAGGGUGGGAGGAAGACUGAAAAAUGCAUCACUACCUACCUCACUGAAGCAUCCAGUCGUUAUACCGAAAAAUCAUCACAUCACCAAGGCAAUAAUUGCUCAUUGUCAUGAGAAAGUGCAGCAUCAGGGUAAGGGUCUAACUAUUAAUGAGAUUAGAUCAAAUGGAUUCUGGAUUCCAGGAAUCAACAGAGCUGUGGCAACGCAUUUACAUCAAUGUGUUACAUGUCGGAAACUCAGAAGGUUCACAGAGAAACAACGUAUGGCAGAUUUGCCACCUGAGCGUGUGGAUCCAUCACCACCUUUCACCUACUGUGGGAUGGACUGUUUUGGUCCGUUUCUCACUAAACAAGGACGCAAGGUACAAAAGAGAUACGGCUUGCUUUUCACCUGCCUUUGCUGUCGAGCUAUUCACAUUGAAAUGUUAGACGACAUGUCGACAGAUGCCUUCAUAAACGGACUCCGAUGUUUCAUCGCCAUAAGAGGAGCAGUACGCGACAUAAAGUGUGACCAAGGAACGAACUUCGUUGGAGCUAGAAAUGAACUUAAUGAAGCUCUCAAACAAGUGGAUGCUAACCGCCUGACCACAUUUUUGGCUGAGAAACAAUGUGACUUUAGUAUGAACGCUCCACAUGCAAGCCAUGCUGGAGGCGUAUGGGAGAGACAGAUCCGAACGGUGAGGAAUAUUCUUCGUUUCACUCUUUCAUCUUCAUCAGGCAGGCUGGACGAUGCCUCUUUACGGACAUUCUUUUAUGAGGCAGCAGCUAUUGUAAACAGCCGUCCACUCACAGUUGACAGCUUAAAUGAUCCAGACAGUCCAGAGCCACUAACACCUAAUCACCUGCUUACCAUGAAACCUACAGCAGCUUUACCACCUCCUGGCAGAUUCAUCAGAGAGGACCUGUAUGCUCGCAAGAGGUGGCGGCGUGUACAGUAUUUGGCCGAGCUGUUCUGGGGUCGGUGGAGAAGAGAGUAUGUCUAUAAUAUCACCACCAGACAACGUUGGCAUAAUCCAAGAGGAAAUCUCAAGGUCGGCGACAUUGUGCUGAAAAAGACAGAGGAUUUACCUCGCAAUGAGUGGAAAUUGGCUAAAGUUGAAGAGACAAUAACUGAUAAAGAUGGACUAGUGAGGAGAGUAAAGAUUCGUGUUGGAGAUCGGAAGAUAGGAAGGAAUGGACAGCGUUCAGGCAAGCCAUCCAUCAUUGAACGUCCAGUACAGAAGCUGGUCCUGCUCUUAGAGACUGCUUAAUCAUCUGCUUCACUCCUCUGCCAUAUCCUUUGCUUUAUGAAGAGUUUAAGGACCUCUCUUUUUUUUUUUUACUCAAGUAUUAAAGGUUGCAUGGUUUAGAAAUCAUUCAUGCUUUACAUCCCAUAAUUGAUGAAAACCAGUAAUGAUUUGGUGGGAGUGUAAAUUACCUUUAUUAUGAUCAAACAUGUCAGUUAAUUUGUUGUUUUUAUUUUUGUGUAAUUGGUGUUAUGAAAAGCGACUCGAUGUCAGCUCACUAUUUUUUAUUUUUUUUUUAUAUUUAGAAAAGGCAAUUUCCGUUUUAUUUUGAAAGUCGCUCGCCGAGACCCCUUCACUUCCGGUUUUUCUUUUAACGCUUACUAACUGACGGUAAAUUGCAGUAAAGGUAUUCCGAAGUUUAUAAAAGGCACUAGCACCUGGCUAUACAGGGCACAAGCUCUUAAGGUGAGUUCAUAUGCUGCCUUCAAAGACCAUUCUAAAAUAAAGGAAUAUGAACCAUCAGUUAAAGAGUCAGACCAUCAAUUAGCCGGGACGCUACA